UGCUGCUUUGAGAGUCCCAGAGCCACAGUUGAAAAAGGUUUGUGAAUGGCUUCUAGAAGAUCUUGAUUUGCUCCAAGGACAUAUUAUUUUACUGGAUUUCCUGUCAUACUGUCCCCCUGGUCGACCAUGAGCCAGCUGGACCCUGCAGAUGACUCGAAGUCCAGUCCCGACCCGCUGUGUGCCGUGUGUGGCCAAGCCCACUCCUCUGAGGAAAACCACUUCUACACCUACACGGACGACGUGGACGAUGAUCUCAUAUGCCACAUCUGCCUGCAAGCUCUGCUGGACCCUCUGGACACGCCCUGUGGGCACACCUACUGCACAGUCUGCCUCACGAACUUCCUGGUGGAGAAAGACUUUUGCCCGGUGGACCGCCAGCCGGUGGUCCUGCAGCACUGCAAGAAGUCCAGCAUUCUGGUCAACAAGCUCCUCAACAAGCUGCUGGUGACCUGCCCUUUCACGGAGCACUGCAGUGAGGUGCUGCAGCGCUGUGAUCUCCAGCAGCACUUUCAAACCAGCUGUAAAGGGGCCUCCCACUAUGGCCUGACCAAAGACAGGAAGAGGCGCUCCCAUGAUGGCUGCUCUGAAGGCUGCGCGAGCCUCACGGCAGCAGCACUGUCUCCAGAGCUUUCAGCAGCUGCCACCAUCUCCUUAAUGACGAGUGAGCCUGGCCUGGACAACCCUGCUUAUGUGUCCACAACAGAGGAGGGUCAGCCAGCAAACAGCCCAUUGGACUCAGGCCGGAGCAACCGAACUAGGGCGCGGCCCUUUGAGCGAUCCACUAUCAGAAGCAGAUCUUUUAAAAAGAUUAAUCGAGCUCUGAGUGUUCUUCGAAGGACAAAGAGCGGGAGUGCAGUUGCCAACCAAGCUGACCAGGGUAGAGAAAAUUCUGAACACACCACUGCCCCUGAAGUCUUUCCGAGGUUGUAUCACCUGAUUCCAGAUGGUGAAAUUACCAGCAUCAAGAUCAAUCGAGUGGAUCCCAACGAGAGCCUGUCCAUCCGUUUUGUGGGAGGAAAUGAGACACCCCUGGUUCAUAUUAUCAUUCAACACAUUUAUCGUGAUGGAGUGAUUGCCAGAGACGGCAGGCUCCUGCCGGGAGACAUCAUACUAAAGGUCAACGGGAUGGACAUCAGCAACGUGCCUCACAACUACGCCCUGCGGCUCCUGCGCCAGCCCUGCCAGGUGCUGCGGCUCACCGUGCUCCGUGAGCAGAAGUUCCGAAGCAGGAACAAUGGACAGGCGUUGGACACCUAUGGACCCCGGGAUGACAGUUUCCAUGUGAUUCUCAACAAAAGCAGCCCCGAGGAGCAGCUUGGAAUAAAACUGGUACGCAAGGCAGAUGAGCCUGGUGUGUUCAUCUUCAACAUGCUGAAUGGGGGCGUGGCCGACCGACAAGGCCAGCUGGAGGAGAAUGAUCGCGUUCUAGCCAUCAAUGGACACGACCUCCGGUACGGCAGCCCAGAGAGUGCAGCUCAUCUAAUUCAGGCCAGUGAAAGGCGUGUUCACCUCGUCGUGUCCCGCCAGGUGCGCCCACAGAGUCCUGACAUCUUCCAGGAAGCUGGCUGGAACAGCAAUGGCAGCCAGUCCCCAGGGCCAGGAGACAGGAGCAACACUCCCAAGCCCCUCCACCCCACAGUCACUUGUCAUGAGAAGAUGGUAAGUGUCCGAAAAGACCCCAGCGAAUCUCUCGGCAUGACCGUUGCAGGGGGAGCAUCACAUAGGGAGUGGGAUUUGCCUAUCUACGUCAUCAGUGUUGAGCCUGGAGGAGUCAUAAGCAGAGAUGGAAGAAUAAAAACAGGUGAUAUUUUGUUAAAUGUGAAUGGGGUUGAACUAACAGAGGUCAGCCGGAGUGAGGCAGUCGCCUUACUGAAAAGUACAUGCUCCUCUGUGGUACUUAAAGCUUUAGAAGUCAAAGAACACGAGCCCCAGGAAGACUGCAGCAGCCCGGCAGCCCUGGACUCCAACUACAACACAGCCCCACCUGGUGACUGGUCCCCUUCCUGGGUCAUGUGGCUGGAAUUACCGCGGUACCUGUAUAACUGUAAAGAUGUUAUAUUACGAAGAAACACAGCUGGAAGUCUGGGCUUCUGCAUUGUAGGAGGUUAUGAAGAAUACAAUGGAAACAAACCUUUUUUUAUCAAAUCCAUUGUUGAAGGAACACCAGCAUACAAUGAUGGAAGAAUUAGAUGUGGUGAUAUUCUUCUUGCUGUCAAUGGUAGAAGUACAUCAGGAAUGAUACAUGCUUGCCUGGCAAGGAUGCUCAAAGAACUUAAAGGGAAAAUCACUCUCACUAUUGUUUCUUGGCCUGGCACUUUUUUAUAGAUUCAAAGAUGGAUGGGUCAGAAAAAAAAUCACAAGUAGACUAAGCUGAAAAACUCUUCAUCAAUUUUUGUACAUAAAGGAUACAUUGUAAAAAUGUAAACUUUAAUGAUCUAAUCAAAGUCAACUACACCCUCAAAAAAUGUAACUCAAAACAACCAUUACUAAUAGUUUUUAUUCAGUGUGGAACAUUUCUCUACAAUGUAUAUUUUUCUAAACAGUUGAAAUGGUUUGUAUGCCCCCAAUGAACUCAAAUCAUACAAUUUGGUAUAUGCUGAGGUCUGCAAAGGGUAAAUUAUGGGCAUUUUAAAAAAAUUAAA